CAAGCUGCUUCAACGGGGCAUUAGCGGAACCAUACGAGAUGGUGCCGAUGCCAUCAUCAUCUCCGGUAAGAGACGCGGCCAUGACAAGCUACAACACAUCAAGUACGUCGCCGAAUGGAGAAUAGGUGCAAACGCCCUCUUCAAGAGUUUUGUCCGGGAAUCGAUGAUUCGGGUGUUCCGUUCCCUGGCAUACAUCAGUUCGAACGAAGCACUCAAAACCGGAACGGGCCUCAAGCAGAGGAAGAGCACGUCGAAAUUGUAUCGGUACGACGGGCUUUACAAGAUAGUUCGUGUGAACCCUCCGAUCGGUAAGCGUUCUAGCUCCAACCAUUUGCCACAACACUGUUUGUCGGCCGCUUACAAGCUGGAUCACAUGUUGGCUCACGAUUCUCUUAACAUUCUUGAAUUGUUUCAAAGAUCCAAAAGGGGCGUUUGAAUUCUUUCUCACCCAUAGCAGAAUAGCUUCCAAUAAAAACGGAGGUGCUGUGUCUUUUGAAAACGUUGCGAAGCGGGUAAAUCGAAACCUAUUCGGGGCCAAGAGGCAAAAUGCAAUCCACAUUCCGCCGCCACCGCCACCGCCAACUCUUCUAUGUGCAACCACCACCGAUUCGAAGCGUUUGGAAAUAAAUCAAGAGCACAGCAUGGUUUCCAUUCCUAGUGGCAUUCCUCUUAAUCCGCUCUGGGCUAGAGACUAUGGACCAAUUGACCUGUCAUGGUGAGUUUCCCAUUGUGUUUUGGUGGACUACUGCUAGGUGUAAACUUUUCAUAUUUUAAUUUCGAAUCUGCCAUUACUCGUACUUUGUGGUGUGCAAGUUGUGCCACACUCCUUUUAUUGGAGAAGGAACUCUCCUGCAUGAACGCGCUUGCGUUUCAGCUACAAAAAAACAACAACAGCAUUAGCAAGAAACGAACGAGUGCUAGUUCUGAUUUGAUCCACGUCAGCGACGACAGAUUGCAAUCCGAGCCGUUCUCCAAACACGGACCCUCGAUCGAGAACCACAAUUAUCACCGUCGCAGCCAUUGUCACACGGUCUCAGCAACCUCUGCCGCUACUUUCGAUCGACCUCUUUCUGUUGUCGCGGGAUCAACGAACCACCCUAUACAAGGAGAUACGAAGUCGAAACCAACCAUAUAUAAAAAGACUGCGAAGAUUAAGACGACGGAUUGGCCGGAGAACACGCGGUGGCAAGACGGAAGAAGGUUCCGAAUCCGAAUGUACGAGCCGAUCCAAUUGCGAAAAACGAAACGAUCGCUUACGAGAAGAACGAGAAAGACGAAGGCGGAUGCUAGAAGAACUUUUGACAAUAGAAAGACGACGAGGGCGAUGGUAGCAAAGGCGAAGAGACUGACCAGAAGCAGUUCGAAGAAGACUUGAUAGGAACCAAUUCAAUGCAUUCGAGUACUAUAGCAUUAUGAAAAUAUCAUUGUACUAUACGCUACACUAUUACUUUAGAA